AUCACAUGUUUCCUGAUGCAAAAGCACAGGACGUGUCUCCAGGCCUCUUGAACCUCAGUGGGCAGCAAGGAGCCGGCCAUUUGUGAAUACCAUGGCCAAAUGAGGCUCAUGAGGCUCUCCUUAGCCUCCCUUAGUAAAAGUCUAAAAGAUUCUUGAAACGUAAAGUCAGAAGGGUCAACUUAAUCAUCACCAGCUCCCAUUCCCAUUCAUUCUCAUUCACUCUCACUCUCAUUCUCAUUCUCUCUCUCUCUCUCGAUUUGAUAUUUGGAUAAACAUUUUGUAAGGAAAAGUCAGCUGUAAUUUUUCCUAGUUCAAGUAAAGAGAAAAUUUAAAAUACAGGUAUAAAUCUGCAUAGUGCCUUUCACAGGUAUUGCAAAGAAGGGCCAAAAAAGAAUGUUGAACAUCUUGUUACUUAAUUGAAGGAUGCUUUCUGAGAAGAAAAGCCUACUUUUUCCCUAAUUAUUUUCCUUCUACUGUGUUCUCACUGUUUCAGCUCUCAUAUUGAUAUACAAAAGGGAGAGUAUCAAAUGUUCCACGAAGUGAAGGCUUCCAUUAUCACAAGAGGGUGAAGGGUCAUAGAAGUUGUACCCUUACUAAAAACAGAAGACUAGGGUGAUAGUUAAAAUAGACUUAGGAAGAAGAUUCUUUUUGUUCAAGACCAGACUGGGCCUCAGUUCUCAAAAGUAGUGCUGGUGGUAUGUCCGACACAGGAGCAGACUAUUCCAGAGCAGUAUGAUGACGGUAGGUCUAAAGGUGGCAGAGUAUUAGAAUCCUUAGGUCAGAGCUCUAUGGGAGACUAAGGGACCUGUGACAGAGAGCUCCACUCAGGGUAAGAAAUAUAGUGCACAAGUGGUCAGUCUCAAGAAGAGCUCUUGCCAGCACUUCCAGAGCUUCCACUAUCACGAAGCAGGUGGACCCUGUGAGGCUCUUGGCCAAGUGAGGCCAGAGUUCUACUCAAAAGAGCAGAUCUUGGAAACUGUACUGGUACUACAGCAGUUCCUGACCAUUCUGCCCAGGGAUGUUGAAUCCUGGUUAAAGAAGCACCACCUACAGAGCAUUGAGGAGGCUGUGGCCUUGGUAGACCACUCGCUGCAUAAAUCUGCUCAAAUGAGAAAUGGGGUUGCAGUCCAUGUGCUGGGAAAGGAGGCAGUGCUCUUGGGAGAAACAGCAGAGACCUCAGGCUUCAAACUGAAGCCAGCAGAGGCCCAGCCAGUGGGCAGGUCCCAGGAUGAAGAAAUUUGGAGUACAUAUGAGGAUCUACAACAACUGAGCAGGAAUACUCUUAAAGAAACUGAGCCUGUGUGUGAGAGGGCAGUGCCUGUUCACCAGAUCCAAGACUUUCCUGAGCAGACAAACACGAAAGAUUGGACAGUGGCGCCUGAGCUCUUCUUGCCUGAGUCCCAGAGCUUGCUGACAUUUGAAGAAGUGGCCGUGUAUUUUUCCCAGGAAGAAUGGGAGUUACUGGAUCCCAAUCAGAAGGCUCUCUACAGUGAUGUAAUGCAGGAAAAUUAUGAGACUGUCAUCUUUUUAGCCAUGUUUGUACACCUCAAACCCAAAGUGAUCUUUCUAGAGCAAGGAAAAGAGUCCUGGGUUCAAGGAUCCACGGAGUUCCUGAACAGUCCUGGAGAGCUGCCUGUAGGAUUAAAGCUCAAAAAUAAUGCGGAGAAUCAUCAGUCUAUGUGCCUUCCUGACUUAGAAAUGCAAACACCAGGAGACUUAGUUUUAAAAAUGAACAGAAUAAAAGUUCCCCAGAAAACAACAAUCAGAGAAAAUCAUGGUGAAAUGCACAGGGUGGGGAAAUGGCACCAAGAUUUUUCAGUGAAGGAAAGAGAGAAACUUUCAGCCUGGAGACAAGAGCUGCUGACACUUAUGGAUCGUCACAAGAAAGAACGUGCAGCAGAGAAGUCUUUUAAAUGUCAGGAAUGUGGGAAAAGCUUCAGAGUUAGCUCUGACCUUAUUAAGCACCAAAGAAUUCACACUGAAGAGAAGCCAUAUAAAUGCCCACAGUGUGAUAAGAGGUUUAGAUGGAGUUCAGAUCUUAAUAAGCACUUCACAUCACAUCAAGGAUUAAAGCCAUAUAAAUGCUCAUGGUGUGGGAAGAGCUUUGGUCAAACUUCAAAUCUUCACACACACCAAAGAACUCACACUGGAGAGAAGCCUUUUACAUGUUAUGAAUGUGGAAAAAAAUUCAGUCAGAACUCCCACCUUAUUAAACACCGGAGAACCCACUUGUAGCCUACGCACAAGAAUUUUCAGCAUGUAUUCAAACUACACACCAGAUAUUCUAUUGUCCAGUGUCCUCAGUCUGAAGAAUUUUACCAAGUGGAGCUUGACCCUAAAAUUGCAUUUUAUGAAAAAUGCAAAUUUAUGAAGCGUGAAGACUUUUUCAUCAGUGGAAAAUUCGGGUAUAUAAAUGUUUCACAGAAAGGAAUCAAGUUGGACUUUGCAGGGAAUGUGUUAGUAAUAUUAUUUACUGUUUUUACUUAAACCUUCAGGGAGUUUCUUAGCAAAAAAGUGUUUAAAGAACAUUCUGAAUGAGGAAAAAAUCUGUAGCAUGGUCUCUUGAGACAAAAUAACAUCCUUAUUUUAUUGCACACCAUUACUUCAGGGUAGUGGUAUUAUCAAUUUCAGUAGUAUCAUAGGAUAAAGAUGAAGUCUAAUGUAAAGUUUUCCAAGAACCAGAUUGGAUUUUCUUGCUCUCUCCUGUCAUUGGACAUCAUGUGAGUUCCUUCUUGAACUUUUUAGCUACUUAGCUUUUGAGUCCUAUUAGCACAAUUUUUCUGUAAUGAAAUCACAUUUACUUCACCAGUAGGGAAUCUACCAGAUAACUAAUAAUAUCUUAUGCCUCUUACUGGUGGUGUUUGAAGAAGGAAAACAUUUCUAAUGAGAUCAUAUGGAAACAGGUUGGAAUUUUUAGCCAUGGAAUAUGUAUUAGAUGUAAAGAAGGAUUUUCUGCAAUAACACAAUAAACUAUUUCCUUCCCUCACAAAGUCAUAAAACAGUCAUAAAAGCACUUUCCCAAGGUCCAAAAGAAAAUUAAUUGGAGUUCAGGAUCAACUUCUCAGGGUUUUGUUGUUUCCUUAUUAAUUUGGCUUU